GUGCUUGCUCUAAGUUUUGGUUUAAAUCCCCCCCCCCUUUCUUUAGCUGAAAAGACAUGUCGAACUGCAUCGAUAUUACGUCUGAGCAACUAUGCUACAUCCCUUGCAACUUCUGUAACAUAGUUCUUGCGGUGAGCGUUCCAUACAGCAGCCUGUUUGAUAUUGUGACCGUCCGAUGCGAGCACUGCACCAAUCUAUGGUCCGUAAACAUGGCAGCUGCCUUUCAGUCUCUUUCAUGCCAAGAGGUUCAGACACCCAAUCAUGCAAGACAAGAUUAUAGGACGGCUGAUUUGGGUUCCUCAUCCAACUGCAACAAGUUCUCAAUGCCAUCUCCUACUAACAAUAUCGUCUCUGAGGAAAAAGUUGUCAACCGACGUAAGUUAAUCACAUACCUUUGAU